AUGCCGAACGCAAAAGUUGUUUUUGAUUUACACAGGGACGAGGCAAUUGAGCCUUACCCCACAAGCGUCGACACGCUGCCAAUGGGUAGCAGGCGCCUGAAACCCUUGAAUGCGCGGCUCCUUGCAGCCGCCGUUGCGAUGAGCGUUAUGGCAUUCCUCAUAUAUAACCACAAGAAUGCAGGGGCAAUAUUGUGCGACGAGGGUUUGGAACACCGGCAGGCCAGGGUUCACAAGAUGAGCCCUUCCACGCACCGUUUUCUGGACUAUCAAGAGGAGUUGCCGGGGAAGCUGAAGUUGGAGGGAUAUCUCGGCAGACUCCUAGACAGGCAGGUAUCGUGGAAGGUGGAGGACAAGGAUGGCCGCCGCAAGGGCCUCAUGGACGAGGAGAUGGAGGGGAAGCUGGAGAUUCAGGUAGGCCUGCACGUGAACGUCAGCGCAGGCCUCCUCCUUAUGUACCUCCAGCCAACAGGGAAGCUCGUGAAGAUAGAGGGCGUAGACCUGCCUGCCCCAAGACGCGAUGAAUUGGUUUACCCAUUCCCGCUAAUCGAUGACCAGCAGGCAUUGUACGAUUUGGAUCAGAUGAUGCAGUUUAUCAGAAACCUACGACAUCAGCACCGAGAAAACAGGCACGGGUGGUUCACCGUCAUUUUUCGCGGCGUCGUCUUCGAGUUUCGAAUAUGGGAAAAUAAAAAGGCGACGGGGUGGCCAAAUGGCGCGGUCAGUCAGAUGAAACAAACGGGAGUUUCGCAAUAUUUUGUUUCCAGAUUAGUUGGCACAGACCCGUUAAUGCCGCAGUUCAGUGAGACACAGGAUAUGCCAAAGAAAGAAUUAAACUUGUUACAGAAGUUAAUGGCACUGUGCAAGGUGAUGUCGCCGUGGAGAUACAAGCUCGACGCCUCACGGCCGGUCACGGCAAUUAUUAGACCUCUCGUCGCUCCUCCUCACGCGGUGUAG